CGUAACAUCAUUCCCCUCCGCUCAUUGCAAGAUCUCUCCCUCCCUUUUCCCUCUUCCCUUCUUCCCUGGCUAGACGGCCUACUUCACACGCUCUUGCACCCAAGCGUCCAGGACACAUUCAGAUCAUCCUCGGGUCACGGCUUCAACGUACCCCCUUUUGUACCCCCUCCAACACCCCCUUGGAGAUUUAGACAUCAUGUCUGGCUUUGGCUCUGGUGGUCACUCUGGCCGCGGCGGCUUCGGCUCCGGCGGCUUUGGCGGCGGCGGCGGCGGCGGCGGCAUGCCACGCUUCAACUCCGGUGGCGGCGGCGGCGGCGGCGGCGGUGGCUACUUCGGUGGCGGCGGCGGCGGCGGCGGCGGCGGCGACAUGUACGAUGGCGGCUCCAUGGGCGGCGGCGGUGGUGGCGGCUUCCUCUCGCAUCAGGGCGACUAUGGCAACUCGCCGAGCAUGUCCUCUCCCUCUCUGGAUGGCUCUUCGGGCGGGGGCUUCGGCCAGCAGCGCCCGUCCGAUGCCCCGCGUGGCAUUCUCGGCCACAACUCCGUCCUGCCGGUGACCAUCAAGCAGCUGGUGGACAUUGACGUGUCCAAGAUGGUGGAUUCCGACGGGAGCAUGCAGAUCGACGGGCAGACCAUCCACAUUCUGUCAAUCAUCGGUGUCAUCCGCGCGGUGCGGGAGACCACCACCACGGUCACCUACCUGGUGGAGGACAGCACCGGGUCCAUUGACAUGCGCAAGUGGCUGGACCGUGAUGCCGGGGAUGGCGAUGCGGCCAUCGAGGAGCAGGCUCCCAGCCUGCCGGAGGGCACCUAUGUUCAUGUGUAUGGGAACCUGCGCGUCUUCGACAAGCGCAAGAGCAUCAACAUCAGCCACAUCCGCCCGGUGACCGACUUCAACGAGGUUACCUACCACUUGCUGGAGACCAUCCAUGGACAUCUGUACCGCACGCGCGGCCCGGUCGGUCGCAUGCGCACCAAUGUCCCCACUGGCGAGGCGGCCGAGUCCAAGCCGCUGGUCGGCGGUGGCGGGGCCCCGGCCGCGUCAGCCCCCUCGGCCGCCGCCGCCGCCGCCGCCACCACCACCACCACCGCCACCAAUGCCCACGACUAUGGCAUGCAGGCCGGCGGCCCGGCCGCCGUCAAGCAAAUGCAGCCCACGCACAUGGCCCUGCUGCACUUCAUUGCCGAGGCCGAUGACAUCGAGAUCCCCUUCUCCUAUCUCUCGGAGAAGAUGCCCAACUUUUCGCCGGCGCAGCUGAGCGAGGGCAUUGAGUUCCUCAAGGCCGAAGGGCACAUCUAUGAGGGCGUGGCUCCCGGGUCGGUUCGUCUGACCACCCGCGACUCCCUGGAUUGA